AUGCCCAGGUUUGCCGAACAAACUGUAAUAAAGAGGAAACUGCAUGCAGACCGUCUGGUGCUGGUAAAGAGGGAGGAAUGGGAAGCGAGAGAACCCAAGGAACCACUCCCAGCAGUUCCCUUGCCCAUCCAGUACGUUGUGGUGACAUGGACGGACACGGAUAUAUGUGAAUGGCCCGCGGCGUGUAUGAAGAGGGUGAAGAGUAUCCAGGAAGACCACAUGGACAACAAGGGACUGCCCGACAUCAGAUACAAUUUCCUGAUAGGAUCUGACAAGCAGACGUAUGAAGGAAGAGGCUGGAGAAUGAUGGGUCCGACCUACCCAGAGACCAUAGAAGGGGCGAAGGAAAUCAACGGCAAGAGCAUAGAAAUCGCCUUCAUCGAGAAAGACAUGCAGAUACCGUCUGACGAUCUUGCUUCAGCCAUGCUCAAGUUUCUAGCCAAAGAGAUGGCACUCAACAAUGUUGCGCGGCCUCUGGAGUUCAAGGCCAUCAUGGACAACAAGUUCGUCAGGUUUUCAAGACUGUUCGAAGGAGAGAAGGUGGCCGACUUUAUGUACACCGAGGAAGAGCGCGCUGCCGAAGCCGAGAGGGACCAACAAGCUGAGGAGAUGUUAAAAGAAUCUUUGAAAGAACUGGAAGAGAGAGACUCGUGGAUUGAUAAUGAGAUGGAAGCUAUAUUGGAAGAGCAAAGAGCGGUGAUCAAGACAAAGACUCCAGAGGAGAUCAAGAAGGAAUACGGUUAUACUGAGGAUGUUGACGAGGAGAAGGUCAGAGCAGUAAAGAUACCAGAUGAUGAAAAACCAGAAGAGGCAGAAGGAAAUCCCACAACUGAUGAAAAAACGUAG